AUGCCCGGCAAUCACUGCCGCGGCGGCGGCACCGCGCCGCCCUCCGGCCGGGAGGCGCCCGCCACCAGUGCCCGCCCCGGCGGCGGAGCCGCGGCCCAUCCCCUCCCCGCGCCCCUCCCCGACGCGUGGCUCUCCCUUUCGGCGGUAGUUUUGGCCGCGUCUUUCCCUCCCUGCUCUGCUCCCUCCUUCUCUGUCUCGCCAGGCGGGGCUAUGGCCUCUUUCGAUGCCCGUCGGCACCCGCAAAAUGUUGGCUGUCGAACUUUGUCCUUGUCUGCGCAUGUUGGGUUUGAUAGCUUACCUGACCAACUGCUUAGGAAAUCCAUCAAACAUGGCUUCUGCUUCAACAUUCUUUGCAUUGGGGAAACUGGAAUUGGGAAAUCAGCCUUGAUGAGCAGUUUGUUUAACACCAAUUUUGAGGACCCUCCAUCAACACAUUUUCUGUCAAGUGUGCAACUUAGAGCCCAGACUUGUGAACUCCAGGAAAGUAAUGUUCUUUUGAAGCUGACCAUUGUAAAAACUGUGGGAUUUGGUGACCAGGUGAACAAAGCAGAUACCUAUCAGCCAAUAGUGGAUUAUAUAGAUGCACAAUUUGAAGCCUAUCUCGAGGAAGAGCUGAAAGUUAUGCGUUCUUUAUUUAGCUACCAUGAUACUCGCAUCCAUGUCUGCCUCUAUUUCAUUUCACCUACAGGCCGUUCUCUAAAAACCAUAGAUUUGUUAACUAUGAGAAGCCUAGACAGUAAGGUGAACAUUAUACCAGUUAUAGGCAAAGCAGACAGCAUUUCUAAAACUGAGCUACAAGAGUUCAAGAGGAAAAUAAUGAGUGAAUUAGUUAGUAAUGGCAUCCGGAUAUACCAGUUUCCUACUGAUGAUGAAACCGUUUCUGAGAUUAAUACCAUCACAAAUGGUUAUUUGCCAUUUGCUGUGGUAGGAAGUAUGGAGAAGGUGAAAAUUGGAAACAAAAUGGUGAGAGCUCGUCAGUACCCUUGGGGCAUUGUAAAAGUGGAAAAUGAGAGCCACUGUGACACUUUAAGGCUUCGCAGGAUGCUUUGCAGAAAUAUGGAAGACUUAAGAGAGAAGACUCGUGCAUAUUAUGAGUUGUACAGAUGCUGCAGACUGGAAAAGUUGGGUUGCAGAGACAUUGGCCCUGAGAACAAACCAGUCAGUCUGCAGGAAGUCAUUGAGGCAAAGAGGCUCGAGUUCUGCCUUGAAAUGGAAAGAAAAGAAGAGGAGAUUAAACAACGAUUUUUGCAGAGAGUGAACGAAAAAGCAGCAAUGUUGGAAGAGGCAGAGCAACAGGUACUGACUAAAUUUGAACAUCUUAUGCUAAUGCAUCAAGAUGAAGAGCUGAAAUUAGAGGAAAAGAAAAAACUUCUGGAAGAUGAAAUAGCUCAGUUUAUUGAGAAGAAAGCUACCAUUGUAUCGAUUCAGUCAAAAGUGUUUGUCUCUACCCCUGUUGUUAGUUUGAAGACACAAGGACUGCAAAAAAACCAAGAUUUUCAACUUGAAGUCCAGUGCUCUCAUGACAGAGAUGAAGGAACUGUGAAUGUUGGAGAGCAAAGCGAGAGGGAGAGUGAAAAGGAGGAGUUAGAGAGAGAAAGUCACCCAGGGAAUUUCAGGAAUAGUAUUUGAUUGCAGCACUCAGGUUUUGAAUGUAGGAUAUGUUAAUAGUUUUAUGAAGCAGUCUAACUCCUGUUGGCCCAUAUUAGAUGUGCCUUCCUAGUACAGAUUUUUGAGAGAAGAGAUUGAUAAAAUUGACUGUAAAAACAUGAAGUGCAGAAUAUGACCCAGUAAAGAUUUCACUUUCUUCCCAGCCACCCACUUCUUUCUUUUACCACUUUCAAAAGAAGAACUUGAAUAAAUUGUGAAAAUUCAGAAAUACUUUCAAAAGUAGUGUCCAGAAUAACAUGCCCAACUGUUUUAUAUUAAAAAAAUUGAAUUAAAUACUCAUAUAUUAAAUUAAAUUGACUUAAAUGUUUUUCUCCUCCAAAACCAGAAGUCAAUUUAUUUACUCAUUUUCUUUCCUGAUAGCUUUUUACUGCAGAUAACAUUUUGUUAAUUAAUAACUUCCUGCAGUUGAAAGCAGUUUUCUUGGUUCUGAAUUUAUUUAUAAUUGCUAGAUUCGGAAAAAAUUUAGAAGCUACAUUGGUGCUCAUAUUUCCACAGAUAUCAUCAAGCUUUGACAUUUUUGGGUGUAUGCUAGAAGCCUAAUUUGAAAAAAGUUAUUGCAUUUCAGCUACUGUUACCGAAUUUCUUCUCCUAGGUUCAUUCCUUUUUUUUCUGGAUUUACAUAUGAAAGUGGAAUUCUUGGUAACAGAAGUCAUUAUCUGCACUACUAUGAGUAACUCCUCUGGUUUUGUUUUAUUUCUUCAGAGUAUGUCAAGUUUAUAUGCUUGCUGUGGUUUUUCAGUUCCAGCUUUAUGUAAUACUGAUGACAGAAGACACAAUAUUGAUAAUUUCUCAUGAGGAAGCAGUGAUUCAUGGUGUGCUCUUGAAGGUAUAGGAGUUCUGGUUUCUUACUAAAAUGUUUGGCUUAUAUCUCUUGCUGCAUUCUGCAAAAGAAGAAUUUUUAAGCAUGAUCUGUACACACACACAGUGUGGUGGUUACUGUCAUUAUCAUCACAGGCUUUCUGUUACAGCUCUGCCUUGAUAGGUGUUUGCCUUACAUAAGUGUGGUCAGCUUGCUUUAAUUUAAAUGCAUUGUGCCAAAGGUGUUCCUGUCAUAAACAGUUCCAUUCAGUCUGUGAAGAAUGUACUGCAAAAGUAUUCAGUGAAUAUAGCCACUACAAGCUUCCUAAAGAGUUCUUUUCAAAUUGUAUUGUUUAUUAGUCCACUAAGUGUUAUUUAAUACAACUACUGACAUAUUUGAGCCAUUUACUGAUUUUGCUGACAGAUUUUUGUUUAUAGGCUUUUAUGUAACAAGCAGAGUUCUCAAUUUCAGGUACUUUCUUUUUAAUCAAAAUUACUGGGAUAUUUUUGCAGUGCUGUAGUGUUGCAGGAUAGUUCAUCUGAUAUUACUAACUCAGGAUGGAAAGUACCUAUAUUUGAUGGUUUUGACUGUGGUAUUCAGUUACAGAUGAAGAUUUACAAAAACUCCAGGUUGGUUAAAACAAUUUCUAAGUGCUUUGUAUGUUUUCAGUAGUCAUGAUAACUAAUGGGAAACUGUAAGUUCUCUGGAGUUGUGUUGUUUGAUUGUUUAAAAAUGAAAUACUGACUUGACAGAAAUAAAAUAGAUUGGUUUUGCUUAA